UUCAUUCGUCGGAAGAUGUGCCCCCCAUAGGGCUGACGUGCGUGUUCCUGUCCCUUCGGCUUGACGCAAGAGCCGGCUUCCGUACAUUGUGUACCGUGAAGUGGAUGCGCGAGAUCGACUCGCGGGUGAGCUGCCCAGAGUCCCAACCGGAAAAACGGCGGCUUGGCUAGUUUGCGUGGUGCGAGCGAACAACAGCGUAUGAGUGGCUCAUAGGAGGAGUCAUGAACACCACUUUCUUGCUUUCUGCAUGCGUGCCUUGCGCGGUUCUCGCGGGACAGAGCUAGAGAUAAGAGGCAGACUCUCGCAGUCCCGGUCUCCCAUCCGUUCCCACCCCCAAGAUGGAUCGGCCCAGAUCGGCCAGCCCUACGAGACCGAGAGGGGUAACACUGGAACACCCGGACACUGCAGGACAGCAUGGCCACCUCCCACCCAAUCGCCGCACCCUGUGGGGUUGCCGGUCCGCUCUCCGCCGACCAUUGCCGUCUCGGGGCCCGCCCGUCCUCAAACUCUCAGGAGUCAAGACGGGUUUUUGUUGAUGUGCAAGUCGACGUGGUCAGCUGCAUUCAGAUGCUGUUGUCCUGCAGCUGAUUGGGAGUCCGGUUUCGUUUGCUACCGGAAGAGAGCAUGGAGAAGAGUCGGCCAGUCAGCUUUCGAUUUCCUUCUCUCGCCAACUGGUCCUUUCGAUAGGAGGCCGGGGGCCGUAUGUACCAGAGUCGCUUCAGGUGGCACGGUGGCUACGGCAAUCAACCCAUCGCACCCUGCCCUACUGGUCUGGUUCUUGUCCCCAAGCCGCAGUGCUGCAUGUCCCCGUCGACGUUUUCCGCCAACACUGAUGUGUAGCGUAUACCAAUGCAUAUACAGGUAAGUACUAGUACACAACAUGUACCACGCUGUGCGUAUAUACCUUCAUUGUACCGCAAUCCACUGCGCGCUACAGAAGUGUCUGGUGUCCAUCCCGGUACCCCGGUAGGGAGACGGAUGAAAGUCUGGGUCUAUUGCCGUUUGCACUUCCAAACGUUCCAGUUCCCAUACUGUUGGCUGAGCCCGUGGGCGCCACUCUCUCCGACAUGGGCCACAGAC